AUGGAGUAUGUGGACUUAUUUUGGCAUGAACAUCGUUUAUGUUACAAAGUUGGUUUCAUUUCUAAUGGCUGCGAGGAGUGCCAUAAGUCUAUUGGAAACCCUUAUGCUUGGAAGCCUAUAUAUGAAUGCUCCGUAUGCAAAAUGAAAUGGCAUCGCUCUUGCGUUCCAAGCUCACCGGAGGAUAUCAACCACCCGUGCCACUCGAACCAUCCCCUCGAGCUUCGUCUCCAAGGAACACCUAGCUACGCUGACGGGAAAUGCAGCCUCUGUCAAGAAAAACUCUCCAGCUUCAUUUACCAUUGCAAGCUCUGCGAUUUUAGCGUAGAUGUGAACUGCGCAAAGAACCCACCGCCGGUCAUAGUGGAUCAUCCGAAGUGUCACGAGCAUGCACUCACCCUCAUGGGGAGGGACGUAUCCUUCACGUGCAACGCUUGUGGUACGCAUGGUGAACGAAACCCUUACGUGUGCCUUCCAUGCUCUCUCAUGUUUCAUUAUGAUUGUAUUGAUCUACCACACGUCAUAAACAUCAACCGUCAUGACCACCGCAUAUCUCAUUCAUACCCGCUCACUCCUCGUGAUCGGGUAUGUGAGGUUUGUCGUCAAGAUAUCACGUGGAGGUACGGAGCUUACUCAUGCAAUAAAUGUCCGGAUUUUUCUGUUCACUCCUUAUGUGCAACAAGAAGCGACGUGUGGGACGGGGUAGAGCUCGAAGGGGUACAUGAGGAAGACGUGGACACUACGCCAUUCAAAGUGAUCGAAGAAGGGGUGAUCAAUCAUAUCUUCCAUGAAGAACACAACUUGUUACUUAUUGAUGGCGCCGGCGGCCAAGGAAUGAUAAUACAUUGUGAAGAAAACGGCAUGGGCUUUCAACACGUAUGCUCUCUCUUCACUCCGGUAAGAAGAACCACGAUGAGUUAUAUGGUUGUCGAGCUUGUGGAAGAGUAG